AUGGGCUGCGUGAGCUGGCGUGGACGGGCGCGGGCUGGGACUUUAAUCCUGGUUGCUAUCCUCUCCAUCUUCGUCGGGAAGGUCGCCUUCGUCCCGGAGAUGUCAAAGUCUUGCAGUUCCUGGAAGAGCCAGCGUGGUGCUCACUGGACGCGCUCCUCCAAGCCGGUGUUGGUGGCCGUGAACCAAAGCCCGAGCAAUUCGAAGCUGCAUCGUAUGGCCUCCAUCGCGAGCUCUUCCAGUGACAGCCAAACCGGGAUGAGUGUCCCGGAUGCUGCAGCGAUCAUCGCAGGGACCGCCCUUGGGGGUGGAUUCCUGGCGCUUCCGAGUGUGACGGCGCCUAUGGGUGUCAUGCCAGCCAUCUUCGGUCUGAUCGUGGUCUGGGCUUUCCUUGCGGCAGUCGGCCUGGUAUAUGCAGAGGCUUCAGUUUACACCUUGGCCGAAAAGGCCAAGCUCAUGGAAGAUGCCGAGAAACCUGCUGAGGAGGACCGCGCACUGAUGCAAGACGAGGGCGUGUCUGUUGUCUCGGUGGCGCAGAGGGCCCUCGGCGACACAGCGGCUGUGAUUUGCUCGCUCGCGUUUGCCUCGCAAAUGCUGGCGGUGGUCACUGCUCAGGUGGCCAAGUCAGGAGAGCUGGUGUCGACACUCACAGGUCUGCCAUACAUCGCGGGCUGCAUUGUUCCAAGUGUAUUGGUGGGCCUUUUCGCUUUUGAGACGCCGCCCCGCAUCGUAGAGCAGAGCAACACAGUGCUGGCCGCUACCAUGGUUGGUGGCUUCCUCUUCCUGAUUGUCAGCACUGUGGGUGCCAACUUGUCGCAGUUGCCGGCGGCGCUGUCGGCGCUUCCGCCUGCCGACUGGGGACUGCUCAUUCCCGCCGCAUCAUCGACCUGGGCUCUACCAAUCUUCUUCAACCUCCUUUGCUUUGGGCAGUCUAUUCCGCUGGUAGUUGAGCGCAUGGGUCCGAACAACACGGGCAAG